ACGGACUUCAAACUGUUGUUAGGAGUUCAAACAGCUGUUAGCUAAAGGAACUGUAUCGCUAUGUAGGUCUUUAUGCGUGCUAACCGAUGUUACUUUCCCUAAAUAAAAUAAACUUAAACCCUACAGGUUUUUAUGUCCGUGGCGUUAUAUAGCCUUAACUGUAACCAACAGUGAAGUAAUAACUGGCAUGAUAUUAACUGUAAUACAAUGACGUCACGGGUGACGUCAGUCUUCAGUUGCCAGCCAGGGAGGCAGCUUAUUGAUUUUAUCUGACACCAGAAAGGUUUCAUGAGAAAGAGAAAAGAGAAUAUUCAUGAGGUAAUUUUGGACUUGGAAUUAUUUGCUUGCAGUGGCGUGCAUGUCGAUGCAGCAGGUGAAAGGUACAGAGAAUGAGGAGAAGGAGGAGAGAGGAAGAGGUGAAGUGUGUUUAGAAGAAGAGCAGUGUCUCGACAAUAGUGACACUCCUGCCUCCACACAGCUAGGGUUAAACAUGCGGCAAUGUGAUGGUACCACUGAGACGAGUCUUUCCCCUUACGGCUUACUGUCUCUGCCAUGGGAGAUGGUCGCACGCAUCGCAUCUCACCUGCCCGCUCAAUGUGUCAUCAACGUCCUGCCUCAGGUGUGCAGGGCAUUGGGACAGGUGGGUGAGGACAUGUCAGCCUGGCAGAUUCGGGCUCAGAGACUUACAGGCUCCCAACGUUCCUUCCCAGUCGGGCCCAGGAAUCAUUUUGAUUGGCCGACAGCGUGCCUUGAGAUGGAGAAGUUGAUUGAAUGCUGGGCCAGGCAAAAAGAAACAGCAGAGCCUCCAGAGCCAAGGAUUGAGAUACAGGAGCAAGUGGAUCAGGAUGAAGUUGUACAACAAGGAGAAGCAGCAGCGAAUGGAGAAGAGCGUGAAGCAGAAGCUGAGAGACAACCUGCCCAUGUUGAGGAGGAAAUCAGACCAGAAGGUGAAGAAGAUCCUGAAAUACAAGGAGAAGAAGAACAGGGAAAUAACGUAAUAAUCAUCAGAGAAGAAGGAAGAGAGAAUGCUGUUGUUGAGGGCGAACUUAAUCAAGAACGACUCCAGGAGCAAGAAGACAGUGGGAUGGAUUUGAACCCCACACCCGCCCUGGAGCACAUCACGCUCUCAUCAGGCCACAUUGCUGACGUUAACACAGUCCUGCUGGUUGGAGGUAAAGGCUCUGUGUGCGUCUCUGGCUCCAGAGACCGUAAUGUGAACCUGUGGGAUGUGAGAACAGGCUCGAGCGGGGCUCUGCUGGGAAAACUGGGAGCUCGUAGCCGCUACAACACGACACACCAAGGCUGGGUGUGGUGCCUUGCAGCCAGCGGUGAUCUCCUGGCCUCUGGAUCCUUCGACAGCACGGUGAAGCUCUGGGACCUGAACACCGGAGGCGCAGAGCGCGGAAAAAUCCAGAGCCGUGCGGCCGUUCUCUCUCUCUCCUGCCAGGAUCACAUGCUGUUUGCUGGGUCACAUGACCAGAAAGUCAGCAUUUAUGACACCAGAGCUUCAGAGCCACUGGUCAAAAGCCUUCGUCUCCAUAGUGACAUCGUGCUGUGUCUGGCCUCUGACGAGCAGUACAUUCUGUCUGGCAGCAAAGACAACACGGUAGCCGUGUUUGACCGUAGAGCUGGUAAACCGCUGAAGAAAAUCCACCUGAAGUCUUACUUGUUGUCCAUGUCGUUCAGCGGGAGAGAGGUGUGGGCCGGAGACUACCACGGACUCCUUCACACCUUCUCCAUGAACGAGGGCUCCUUCAAGUCCACAGCCCAGUUUAACGUAGGCCACACUUCACUGGUGACGGGCGUUCAUCACUCACCUGGGACUCUGUACACCUGCUCCUCCGAUCGCAUGAUUAAGGUUCACCUUCCUUGUGCGCCCCCGAAGACUCUGUGCACGCUUCAUAAUAAAGCAGCAGUGAAUGGGCUCAGUGUUGAGGCAGGAGUGCUGGCUGUUGCCACUGCUGAUAUGAAUGUGGAAGUGUGGCGGCCCAGGCAGUGACGCUCGUAGCCGAGAGAGUGUCCGGAGUCACGCUGCAGUCCAAACCAUGCUGCGGUUUACUUUUACACGUGUGUUCAUAAUUCUUAUGCAGGGAAUAAAACUCAUGGGGUGUGAUGUUAGAGGAAAUGAAUCAAUGGAUCAUUUAGAAAGCAUUCUGUGACGCCACCAGUAACAUCCUGAAAUUGAUUCAUUUCUAAUUCUCGCACAUCCUGAAGUACUUUAUUCAUCUUAUCGCACAGCAGUUUUCCAAUGAAAAGAUUUUUAUUUAUUUAUUUAUUUAUUACAGAAUGAGAUAUUUGAUUUUUUUUUUUUAUUUAUCCAAUUAUAGUUACUGUUCUGUUAUCCCUUUUGUUAUAACAGUGGAAGAAAUCUUCAGCUUUACCUCUGUUUCAUAGUACUGAGAGUGGAGAUUCUAGUCUAAAUAAUAACUAUGAAAUAUCUCCUUACCUAAUUGUUGUAUAAACAACUCUGUUUUUCUUUGUUUAAUAAUUAAUAGAUUGUUUUCUGUAUUUAUUAUUAGACUUUUGUGCCAUUUGGUGCAUCUGGGCACAUUAUUCACACAAGUUAUAGAACCCAUAUUCGAGUGUUUAAUAGAAACCUUUGAUUUAAUAGAAACCUGUGGUUUGAACAGUUAUAGAAAAUAAAUCAACUCUUUCUGGCUACUCUGAGGUUAAAAUUUAACAAACGUACACAGGCCAAAAGUUUGGAUGCAUCAAUGACGUGUCAGAUAUUGGAAUAAAUGUCUGAUUCAUAAUAAUAUAUACACUAUAAAGUCAAAACUAUCCAACUUUGUGGCAACAGUCAGGUGUCCACAUAUAUAUGGGCACUUACAUAUGGAGAUUUUGAGACACACAGGUUUUUGAGACACAUAAAAAAAAUUUUGUGUCUGAUAUGUGUUCCGUAGCCUACCCUACAAAUUUGGGGUAUUCUGUACUGUACACUUAGGAACUAAUAUUUAGCAGGUUCAUUAGGAUCACACUGGUUAUUUUCCUUCCUGCUACUAGACAUGCCUGUAACAGUGAAACUCCCAAAAAUCUAACUAAGCAGUAAAAAAGUGCAUGUUCUGA